AUGGGCAAUGCCACUGUGGUCACUUGUGCUUGUCAGCAUGGAGCCAGGUCAAUUGCAAAAGAGCUUGCAGACUGGCUUAUCAGCAACAAUGUAGUUGAGCACAUUUUUGGACCAAAUUUACAUAUUGAGAUCAUCAAACAGUGCCAAGUGAUUCUGAAUUUCCUUGCAGCUGAAGGGAGACUUAGUACUCAACAUAUAGACUGUAUUUGGGCUGCAGCACAGCUAAAGCAUUGCAGUCGUUACAUACACGAUUUGUUUCCUUCUUUGAUCAAAAACUUGGACCCUGUCCCACUUAGACAUCUUCUUAACCUAGUCUCAACUCUUCAUCCAAGUGCUCACACUGAACAGACCUUGUAUUUGGCAUCAAUGCUUAUAAAAGCACUGUGGAAUAAUGCACUAGCAGCUAAGGCUCAGCUGUCAAAACAAAGCUCUUUUGCGUCUUUACUGAGUACCAAUCUGCCCAUGGGAAACAAAAAAGAAGAGGAGCUCAGAAGAGCAGCCCCUUCACCUUGGUCACCCGCAGCAAGCCCUCAAAGUAGUGACAACAGUGACACCCAUCAGAGUGGAGGCAGUGAUAUUGAAAUGGAGGAACAGCUUAUUAACAGAACAAAACAUGUCCAGCAGCGACUUUCAGAUACAGAGGAAUCCAUGCAAGGAAGCUCUGAUGAGACAGCCAACAGUGGUGAGGAUGGCAGUAGUGGUCCUGGUAGUAGCAGUGGCCACAGUGAUGGAUCCAGUAAUGAGGCCAACUCCAGUCACGCAAGCCAGUCUGCUGGAAGCCCUGGCAGCGAGGUGCAGUCUGAAGACAUCGCAGAUAUUGAAGCUCUCAAAGAGGAGGACGAUGAAGAGGAAGAAGAUAGGAGUCAUAAUCCCCAGAAAAGCAGUAGGAGCACAGAUCUACGAAGCAGGAAACUAGAAUCACAAACAGGCAUUUGUCUGGGAGAGUCACAAGGGGCAUCGGAGAGGAGUGGUGCAAAUAAUGGGGCAGGGAAGGACCAUGUUUUUAACACGGACUCGGUGACACCGGUGGAUAAUCGAAUUAGAAUGCUUGAUGCUUGUUCGCAUGCUGAGGAUGCAGAGCAUGAUAUGACGGGGGAAAUGAGCACUGCUCACAUUUCACAAGGGUCUCAAGAUUCUUGUAUAACUCACACGGGGGACUUCCUUGGGGAAACUAUUGGAAAUGAAUUAUUUAACUGUCGACAGUUCAUUGGGCCGCAGCAUCACCACCACCACCACCACCAUCAUCACCACCAUGACGGACAUAUGGUUGACGAUAUGCUAAGUGCAGAUGAUGUCAGUUGCAGUAGUUCCCAAGUCAGUGCAAAAUCAGAGAAAAAUAUGGCUGAUUUUGAUGGGGAAGAGUCUGGCUGUGAAGAAGAGCUUGUACAGAUUAAUUCACAUGCUGAGCUAACAUCUCAUCUUCAGCAGCACCUUCCUAACCUUGCCUCUAUCUAUCAUGAACAUCUUAGUCAAGGACCAGCAGUUCAUAAACAUCAAUAUAAUAGCAAUGCGGUGACGGACAUUAAUUUGGAUAAUGUUUGUAAGAAAGGAAAUACCCUUUUGUGGGAUCUGGUCCAGGAUGAAGAUGCAAUUCAUCUCUCUGAAGGGUUAAUAAAUGAAGCAGAGAAGCUGCUCUGUUCUUUAGUAUGCUGGUUCACUGACAGACAGAUUCGAAUGAGAUUUAUUGAAGGCUGCUUAGAAAAUUUAGCAAACAACAGAUCAGUAGUAGUUUCACUUCGUCUUCUUCCAAAGCUGUUUGGUACGUUUCAGCAAUUUGGGAGCAGUUAUGAUACACAUUGGAUAACAAUGUGGGCAGAAAAGGAGCUUAAUAUGAUGAAACUUUUCUUUGAUAAUUUGGUACACUACAUUCAGGCAGUCAGGGAAGGACGACAUAAACACGCAUUAUACAGCCACAGUGCAGAAGUUCAGGUUCGUCUUCAAUUCCUGACGUGUGUGUUUUCAACUCUAGGAUCACCAGAUCAUUUCAGGUUGAGUUUAGAACAAGUGGACAUACUGUGGCACUGCUUAGUAGAAGAUUCUGAAUGUUAUGAUGAUGCACUACACUGGUUUUUGAAUCAAGUACGAAGUAAAGAUCAGCAUGCGAUGGGUAUGGAGACUUACAAGCAUCUUUUUUUGGAAAAGAUGCCACAACUAAAACCUGAAACUAUCAGUAUGACUGGCCUAAACCUCUUCCAGCAUUUGUGCAAUUUGGCUCGAUUGGCUACUAGUGCGUACGAUGGUGGCUCAAACUCAGAGUUGUGUGGCAUGGACCAGUUCUGGGGUAUUGCUUUAAGAGCACAGUCUGGUGAUGUCAGUCGAGCGGCUAUCCAGUAUAUCAACUCCUAUUAUAUCAAUGGUAAAACUGGUCUGGAAAAAGAACAGGAAUUUAUUAGCAAGUGUAUGGAGAGUCUGAUGAUAGCUUCUAGUAACCUUGAGCAAGACUCUCAUUCAAGUCUGACCAUUAUUGAAAGAGGACUCUUAAUGCUGAAGACACACCUGGAGGCUUUUAGGAGAAGGUUUGCGUAUCAUCUGAGGCAGUGGCAGAUUGAAGGCACUGGUAUCAGCAGUCACUUGAAAGCCCUGAGUGACAAACAGUCACUCCCACUAAGAAUUGUAUGUCAGCCAGCUGGACUUCCUGACAAGAUGACUAUAGAAAUGUAUCCUAGUGAUCAGGUGGCCGAUCUACGGGCAGAAGUCACCCAUUGGUACGAAAACUUGCAGAAGGAGCAGAUAAAUCAACAAGCACAGCUUCAGGAGUUUGGCCAAAGCAGCCGCAAAGGGGAUUUCCCUG